GGGGAGCUUCUCGUUUCGCUUUCUGAGGCUGUGGGACUGUGAGGAAGUGGGUGUGAUUGGCGUGUGAAGCCCCAUCCGCUUUGAGACGCGGCUCGAUUUCCACUCUCAUCCCCGGCCCUGGUGCCAUCGCUCUGAGGAGCGACGAUCGGAUUACGCAGCCUAAAACUUCAAACGCCGGGAGGAGGAGGAGGAGGAGGAGGAGCAGGACCGCAGAGGAGAACCCAGGGAGAACCACAGCACCGUCACCAUGGGGAGUAAAUACCACUGGCAGAGCCAGAACGUGAAGCAGAGCGGGGUGGAUGACAUGGUCCUGCUGUCCAAGAUCACCGAGGACGCCAUCGUGGAGAACCUGAAGAAGAGAUACAUGGACGACUACAUCUUCACGUACAUCGGCUCCGUCCUGAUAUCUGUGAAUCCAUUUAAGCAGAUGCCCUAUUUUACCGAUCGGGAGAUCGAACUCUACCAAGGAGCUGCACAAUAUGAAAACCCACCUCACAUCUACGCACUAACAGACAACAUGUACAGGAACAUGAUGAUCGAUGGGGAGAACCAGUGUGUCAUUAUCAGUGGAGAGAGUGGAGCAGGAAAGACGGUUGCUGCAAAGUACAUCAUGGGCUACAUCUCCAAAGUAUCGGGAGGAGGACCCAAAGUACAGCAUGUGAAGGACAUCAUCCUGCAGUCCAACCCCCUGCUGGAGGCCUUCGGCAAUGCCAAGACCGUCCGCAACAACAACUCCAGCAGAUUCGGCAAGUAUUUUGAGAUCCAGUUCAGUCGAGGAGGAGAGCCCGACGGGGGCAAAAUUUCCAACUUCCUCCUCGAGAAGUCCAGGGUGGUGAGCCAGAACGAGAGUGAGAGGAACUUCCACAUCUACUACCAGUUGCUGGAAGGGGCUUCAGCUCAGCAGAAAGAGAACCUGGGCAUCAUGACCCCGGAUUACUAUUACUACCUAAACCAGUCUGGCACCUACAAGGUGGACGGCACAAACGACAGCAAGGACUUCCAAGAAACCAUGGAAGCCAUGCAUGUGAUCGGGAUCUCAACGAGCUACCAGGACCAGACACUGCAGAUUGUGGCGGGGAUUCUGCACCUGGGAAACAUCAGCUUCAUCGAGGCGGGGAACUAUGGACAGGUGGAAAGCAUGGACUUGCUGGCAUUCCCCGCCUUCCUGCUGGGAAUAGCCCAGGAACGCCUGCAGGAGAAACUGACCAGCCGCAAGAUGGACUCCAAGUGGGGGGGCAAGUCGGAGUCCAUCAACGUGACCCUGAACAAGGAGCAGGCCUGCUACACCCGCGACGCCCUGGCCAAGGCCCUCUACACCCGCGUCUUCGACUUCCUGGUGGAGGCUAUUAACAAAGCCAUGCAGAAGCCUUAUGAAGAAUACAGCGUUGGUGUUCUGGACAUCUAUGGUUUUGAGAUUUUCCAGAGAAACGGGUUCGAGCAGUUCUGCAUCAACUUUGUGAACGAGAAGCUACAGCAGAUCUUCAUCGAGCUCACGCUGAAAGCUGAACAGGAAGAGUAUGUUCAGGAGGGUAUUAAAUGGACACCAAUUGAGUAUUUCAACAACAAAGUAGUGUGUGACCUCAUUGAGAACAAACUGAAUCCCCCUGGCAUCAUGAGUGUCCUGGACGAUGUGUGUGCCACCAUGCACGCUAAGGGAGAGGGGGCGGACGGAACACUCCUCCAGAAACUGCAGGCAGCCGUGGGCACCCAUGAGCACUUCAACAGCUGGAACUCUGGAUUCGUCAUCCACCACUACGCCGGCAAGGUUUCCUACGACAUCAACGGAUUCUGCGAGAGGAAUCGCGACGUUCUUUUCAACGACCUCAUCGAGCUCAUGCAGAGCAGUGUGCACGAUUUCAUCAGAAGCCUCUUUCCGGAAAACCUGAACACAGAAAAGAAGGGACGGCCCAGCACUGCCAGCUCAAAGAUCAAGAAACAAGCCAAUGACCUGGUGAACACGCUGAUGAAGUGCACCCCCCACUACAUCCGCUGCAUCAAGCCCAACGAGACCAAGAGGCCCAAGGACUGGGAGGAGAGCCGAGCGAAGCACCAGGUGGAGUACCUGGGCCUCCGAGAGAACAUACGCGUGAGAAGGGCCGGCUUCGCCUACCGCCGACUCUUCAGCAAGUUUCUGCAGAGGUACGCCAUUUUGACGACGGAGACCUGGCCGCACUGGAGGGGGGACGAGAGGCAGGGCGUGCAGCACCUCCUGCGCUCCGUCAACAUGGACGCCGACCAGUACCAGAUGGGCCGCAGCAAGGUGUUCGUCAAGAACCCGGAGUCGCUAUUUCUCCUAGAGGAGAUGAGGGAGAGGAAGUUCGACACGUUCGCCAGAACCAUCCAGAAGGCCUGGAGGAAAUACAUCGCCAGACGGAAGUAUGAACAGAUGAGGGAGGAGGCCUCCGACAUCCUGUACAACUCCAAGGAGCGUCGGAGGAACAGCAUUAACCGGAAUUUCGUGGGAGAUUACCUGGGAAUGGAGGAUCGCCCGGAGCUGCGGCAGUUCCUCGCCAAGAGGGAGCGCAUCGAUUUCGCCGACUCCAUCACCAAGUUUGACCGCAGGUUCAAGGCAAUCAAGAGGGACCUGAUCCUGACGCCGAAGGGGAUCUACCUGAUUGGCCGAGAGAAGGUGAAGAAGGGGCCGGAGAAGGGGCAGAUUAAGGAGGUGCUGAAGCGAAAACUGGAGCUGGCGAGUGUCUGCAGAGUUUCUCUCAGCACGAGGCAGGAUGACUUCUUCGUCCUGCACGAGACCCAGUACGACAGCCUUCUGGAGUCCACCUUUAAGACCGAGUUUCUCAGCCUGCUGUGCAAGCGCUACGAGGAAGCCACCAAGAACAAGCUCUCCCUGUCCUUCAGUGACCGGGUGGAGUUUAAGGUGAAGAAGGAGGGCUGGGGAGGGGGGGGCUCCAGGUGUGUGGUGUUCCAGAGGGGGCAGGGCGAUCUGGCACAGCUGAAGCCCGGGGGGAAGUCCCUGACCGUCACCGUGGGAGACGGCCUCGCCAAGACGUCCAAGCCGACCAGAAAGGGGGCCCCCCAGGCCAGAGGAGGAGGGGGGCGCACUCAAGCUCCUCGCAGAGACCAGCCGAACGGAGCCGCGCAGUUCUCCCGGCCGGGCCCCCGCCAGAACCCCCCCCCGCAGAGGGAGCAGACCUACUCCACGCCCCAGAAGCAGCUGCGGCCCCCCACCUCCGCGCCCCCGCAGAGGGGCGCCAAUCCGUCCCGCAGGGGCCCCGGCCAAAGCCAGCCCAGGAACCUGGACUUCCUCAACGUGCCCGACCAGGGCGUGUCGGGGAUGCAGAGGAGGAAAAGUGUCAGUCAAAACCGCCCGCCCCCGGCUCCGUCCAGCCGGCCCAAACCCAAGCCCCAAGGCCCUCGGUGCAAGGCCAUAUAUCAGUACGUGGGGCAGGACGUGGAUGAGAUCAGCUUUGACGUUAAUGAUGUCAUCGACCUUCUGAACGAGGACUCUUCAGGCUGGUGGACUGGACGGAUAAAGGGCAAGGAGGGCCUGUUUCCCGGCAACUAUGUGGAGAAGAUCUGAGGACUUGACGCGUAGCACCGGAUCACUGUUACCAUAGAGACCGAGGGAUGACCUCACUGACCUUAGUUAUGCACUGAAAUAUGUAUCCUCCUGAGACCAGGCAGAAAAACAGUUUGUAAAAUAAAAAUAAAAAAUUAGUUGUUUAGCUGAUUUAUCCAAAGCAACUUAUAGUUGAUUAGACCGAGCAAGGGACAAUCCCCAAUGCAGGGUUAAGGACCUCUCAGGCCCAGCCACUGUGCAGAUCUUAUUGUAGCUACACCGGGGCUUGAGCUACCAACCUUCUGGUGCAGUGAAUAUAUUUUUUAAAUAUUAUUUAUUUUAUUGAAUGUCCCUUUGUAGUGAAGGUUUCAGCAUAGUAGAUGCUGUAGAUAAUAUAUGAUUCUUGAAAUUAGGACCACUCUCAUGUCACCUACAGGGGACACAAAUUAAUUGCUGGGUCUUGGGAGGAUAUUAUUAUCACAUGAUCAAGUAUUAAAAUGACAUAUUUGUAGGAAGUCAGUCAGAGCAGGUAGUUAGGGUUCUACAAAUUAAUGCAAAAUCCAACAGUUAACAUAAUUUUUUCUAUUCACACUUGACACCACAAACACCUGAAAAAACUGUACAGACGUGUUUUCCAGUUUUGUUGGCAAUGUGUGUAUUGAUAAAAUGCGUACAUUCAACAAUGAUGCAGUUUACAUUCUGUUGUAAGUAGGAUGCGGUAUUAACACAUGUAGUACAAACAAGCGGCCACUGUGAGGCGCCGUUGCACUGUUUUCGGCGUCUUCAAGAAUGCUGAUUAUUCCAGAAAAAGCCGGGCUGUAAAAUAGGUUUCCAAGUACAGCAGCGUCCGUGCACUGGAACCCCUGAGAACGGCGCAUUUUCUUCAACUGUUUUAGAAAAUUGACGCUGAUCGUAAAAUGCAAUGAAAUACUGCAAUGUUGUUUAAUGCAAUCCGUCCGGAGGCAUGCUAUACUUAAUUGCAUUCUUUAUAGCCUUGCCUGUUUUCUUAGACUUUUUUUCAAUUAUUGUAAAGUAAUUUCAGGGGAUACAUUCUGUAUCUAGUAAAAUGAUAUUGCACGUGCCAGCUUCUCUUUUUCAAGUGUUGCAAAUAAUCCAUUCCCAAAUGUACAAUUUUUUUAAAAAAAAUGUUUUUUGCAACUGUACUCAUCCAAGUGUACUUUUAUUAAAUACUGUUCAAUUUGUA